CCGCCGCUCUGCUCGUACAGUGUAGUCGGACUCUAGUAGGCGCCGCCGGCCGAGCAAGGCAGUUCUUAUUUAGCGAGCCAUGCCCCACUCGCACCUCGCCAACACGUACGACUUUGUGCGGCCGUUGGCGCAGACCGACGCGACCUUGGCCGUCUACCAGCACAUUACGAGCCGCGACCUCGUCGUCAUCAAAAGCUUUCCAACGAACGCGGUGCAUGUCGACGAAGUUGACGCGCGCGAGCUCGGGUACAAGGAGCUCGCUAUCAACCGCGCACUGCAGCCGUACCCGCACGAGAACGUCGUGCAUCUCCGCGAUCACUUUAUUGAAAACGGUCAACUGCACUUGGUCACCGACUAUUGCGUUGGCGGCGACCUCCUCUCGAGCCUCCUCUCGACCUCGUCCGUCUGGAAGGAGGGCCACGUCGUGGGCCUCUUUCGCCAAAUCGUGAAAGGCCUUGCCCAUAUCCACAAGCACGACAUUGCACAUUUGGACGUGUCGCUCGAGAACCUCUUGCUCGACGGCGGGAACGGUGUCCGGCUCUGCGACUUUGGCCUUGGACUGCUCUCGACACCGACCAAGUUUGGCGGCGUCGGGAAGCUCUACUACAUGGCGCCCGAGAUGUUUAUGCGCCGCGCUUACAACGCGCAGGCCGCAGACCGCUGGGCGCUCGGCGUCGUGCUCUUCAUGCUCCUCACGGGCCGCCCGCUCUUUGAAGAGGCGACCUUACGCGACGCCAACUACAAGAUCUUUUUCGAGGCGCAAGCAGCUACACCCGAGACGGGCGUCGCGGCGCUCAUUGCGCGCGUCGGCCUGCACCUCUCGUCGGCCGCACUCGACCUCGUCACCAAGCUUCUCAACCCGAGUCCAAUGCAGCGCUUGUCGCUGGACGACGUGCUGGCCCACAAGUUUUUGCAUCCGACCCCGCCCGUCCUCAAGAACCUGCGCAAGCGGUCGGCGAGCCAGCCCGUGUUGAUGAGCGUGCACGCGCUCAAGCCCAUGGCGCAGCUCUCGAUGCGGUAUCUCUCGUCGCUUGCGACCGCCACUUAACAUUAUACUAACUUAUUCUUCAUCUU